AUCCCCUCCUUCCAGGGGAGCGACUGCUUCCUCUCCCCUCCAUUUCCUAGAGAUUCUUUUCUUCUCACUGUUCCAGGCUUUGGUUCCUUUGUGGACAAGACAGUAUUGCCUUUUGUGAAUACAAUACCUUCCAAGCUUCAACAUCCAUGCCCCUCACGCCUAGAAAAAUGCCAGCCACCCUUUAGUUUCAGACACGUGCUGCCCCUCACCGAUAACGCCUCUGCCUUUGAGUAUAAGGUGGAGCAGCAAAGUGUGUCGGGGAACCUCGACUCACCUGAAGGGGGUUUUGAUGCCAUCUUGCAGGCUGCCCUCUGCCAGGAGCAGAUUGGCUGGAGAAACGUAUCCCGGCUGCUGGUAUUUACAUCAGAUGACAUAUUCCACACGGCCGGGGAUGGAAAGUUGGGUGGUAUCUUCAUGCCCAGUGAUGGACACUGCCACCUGGAUGCUAAUGGUUUCUAUAGCCGAAGCCGAGAUUUUGACUACCCUUCUGUGGGUCAAGUAGCCCAUGUUCUAUCUGCUGCCAACAUCCAGCCCAUCUUUGCUGUAACUAGUCCUGCAUUGCCAGUCUACAAGGAGUUGAGUAAGCUGAUCCCUAAGUCAGCUGUGGGGGAGCUGAGUGAGGACUCCAGUAAUGUUGUACAGCUCAUCAUGGAUGCAUACAACAGGCUGUCUUCCACUGUGACUCUGGAGCACUCACCACCUCCUCCUGGGAUCCACAUUUCUUAUGAGUCCCAGUGUGGUAGUUCUGAGAUAAGGGAAGGCAAAGAUGAUCAAGGCCAAUGUAGUCAAGUCCAAAUUAACCAAACGGUGAGUUUCUGGGUAAAUAUCCAUGCUACUAGCUGCCUCCCCACACCCCAUCUCCUGAAGCUCCGGGUUCUUGGAUUCUCUGAGGAGGUGAGCGUGGAGCUGCACACCUUGUGUGACUGUAACUGCAGUGAUGUACAGUUACAAGCCCCCCACUGCAGCCAUGGCCAAGGCGACCUCCAGUGUGGAGUCUGCAGCUGUGCUCCAGGCCGCGUUGGUCGCCUGUGUGAGUGCUCCGAGGCCGAGUUGUCUUCCCCGGAUUUGGAGGCUGGCUGCCGAGCGCCCAACGGGACGGGGCCCCUUUGCAGCGGGAAGGGUCAGUGCUGGUGCGGCCGGUGCAGCUGCAACGGGCAGAGCUCCGGGGACCUCUGCGAGUGUGACAACGCCAGCUGUGAGCGGCACGAAGGCAUCCUCUGUGCAGGCUUUGGCCAGUGCCGCUGUGGGGUCUGCCACUGCGACGCCAACCACACGGGCCAAGCCUGUGAGUGCAGCAAGGAGACGAGCAGGUGCGAAAGCCCGCGCGGGCUCUGCAGUGGACAUGGCUCUUGUCGCUGUAACCAGUGCCAGUGCCUGGAGGGUUACUACGGUGCCACGUGUGAUCAGUGCCCAGGCUGCAAGACAGCGUGUGAGAGGCACAGGGACUGUGCCGAGUGCGGGGCCUUCAAGACGGGGCCCCUGGCCAGCAACUGCAGUCUGGCCUGUGCCCAUGCCAACGUCACAGUGGGCCCAAUGUCCGUGCCAGAUGACGGUUGGUGCAAGGAGAGGAGUGUGGACAACCAGCUGCUCUUCUUUGUGGUGGAGAGCGAGGCCGAGGGCAAGGUUGUGUUGAGGGUGAAAUCUCGAGAGAGAGGAGCAGACCACACCCAGGCCAUUGUGCUGGGCUGUACAGGGGGCAUCGUGGCAGUGGGGUUGCUGCUUGUCCUGGCCUAUCGACUCACCGUGGAAAUCUAUGACCGGAGAGAGUACAAUCGGUUUGAAAAGGAAAGGAAGCAACUUAACUGGAACCAGAAGGACAACCCUCUCUAUAGAAGUGCUGUCACUACCACCAUCAAUCCUCGAUUCCAGAACGAGAACCUGCAGUAAGGAGCCAUGCACAGGCAGAAGCUCACCCUUUCACACAACAGCAACAGGGCCUCUCUUAAACCUGACUCGGGGGUCUUCUCAGGACUCGUUUCCCAUCCUUGUUCCCCACACAAUGGCCAAGCUGAGGGGUUCCUUAGUCAGAGCUCUCUACCACCCAAUCCCUUUGUCCACUUCCUACCCCAAAAAUAUGCUUUUAAAAAAAGUGCAAGGGGGAGAGCAGCUAGAUGGCAAUAGAGGACAGAGCACUGGCCCUGAAGUUAGGAUGUUAGUUUAAAUUCAGUCUCAGACAUUUACUAGGUGUGUGAUUCUGGGGUCACUUAACUCCAAUUGCCUCACCAAAAAAAACCCCCAAACCCUCCCUCACCCCACAAAGGCCAGGGCACUUUCUCUACCCAAAAGAGUCCUUCUCAAAUUAAAACUAUUGUACUGAAGCCACCAGAGGGCUAUCCUAAGUAGACAGCUGCUUUUGCCUGAUUCUGAAGAGUGUAGGUUUCUUGUUUAGAUGGUUGUUUAUAUUCAGGACCUUUGGAGAUCUUCCCCUUCUUAAGUCCACCAUCUCUACCCUAUUGUCCCUCUGUAGCAAAGGACAGCAUCGUGAACCGCCUGACAUUGGUUAAACCCAUAGGUAGGCAAGGAAUGA